CGACAGCGUCCAGAUUCCCGCCACUGCUGCCACGAUUUUGGUCCGUUUCAAGACGGCACAAUUAGCCUGUUUUAGGCCUCCCCGCCAGGAUCAUGGGCGUGCUCGGCCGACGGCACUCCACGCCUCAUCCAUCAUCAUAUGGGUGCGGAGAAUGAGCUCGAGGUCGAAGUGAACACUACUGCUCUCUUUUUCGGGCGAAAUACCAUAUGGCUUUGACGCGAAUCGAGGACGUGAUUAACAGUGCCGACGAGCCCAGCGUCUCUCCUCAAGAACGAGAAUGCAGGCUGGCAGGUCCAGGACGACAUGUCGGCGAGAGUCGCAAGCGUACUCGUACUGGUUGCUUGAACUGUCGCCGGAAGCGAAGGAAGUGCGACGAAGUCAAACCGACGUGCGAGGGCUGUCAAGCCAGGCGUGACGUGUGCGAAUGGGGUGUCAAAGUCUCAUUUAGGCCAGAGAAUGCCCAGACUAUGAAUGCUGAGCAUCCUUCAAUGGUUCAAGGUGCAAGUUCCGAUAGAGUCACCUACAAGAUUGUCAAUGUGACCUCCGAGGUCAUUCGGGACUACUUCGAAGAGAGUAUCACUGGCCUUGAUGAUGCCCGCACUGCUGAAGCGGCGACUGCACCCGUGCCACUUCCUUUGACUCCCAAACAGACUCCCGUGACAUUGCACGAGGGCAGCGAUACUACGCAGCAAGAUGUGGCAUUCAAUGUAUUACCGCCUAUGACUGGCGACCAACCAGCCACGCCCAUGCGGACUGUGCUCCCGAGUCUCGAUCUCAAUGGAACACCUCUCAUCACUUCUCCGGCUCUGUUCCUAUCACCUCAGAAUAGUGACAGUACAUUCGAAGAUGGCAUAUUCUUACCUGGUUCACAGUAUCAGGAGCUCCACGCUACGCUUCGUAGCAGGAUCAUUGACACUGCGAGGUCCACUGCGCCAUCCAGACUAGGAUCACCAGAUUUGCAGCAGCAAUGUGAUUUUCGCGAGGACACUGGUGAGGAUGAAGAGUUUCGUAGGCUGGUACGUCUUUCUGCUGAGCAGGAGUAUGUGUUAUGGCAGAAUUAUAUCGACGAAGUUGCCCCAUGGCUCGACAAGUUCGACCUCUAUCGUCACUUCGAGCUGGCACUACCGAUGCUGGCUAAGCAUCAUCCUCAUAUCAAAUACUCGAUACUGGCGUUGUCGUCAAGGCAAAUGGAACUCAAGGGGAAAAUGGCAGAUAACUCCCGCAGCUUGGCCCUUUAUCAGCAUGCUAUCCAUCUCUUAUCGCCCUUGUUACAGCUGCGAACAACAGAAGUGCUCGCAUCUUGCAUCGUUCUCUGUGUGCUCGAGAUGAUGAGCUGCUCACCGAAAGCGUGGCGACGCCACCUUGAUGGUGGUGCGGCCUUGAUACAAGCGCUCGGUAUCUCCGGAGGUUGCGGUGGGCUCGAACAGGCCAUCUUCUGGUGCUUCGCCCGUAUGGACAUCUGCGGAGCUCUCAUCUCCUCCGAGCGAACACUCAUACCAGUACACAAUUGGAUGGGAGGCAUCGACAUGACACAUGAUGUAGACACUCUACUGAAUCUUCAUGGAGACUUCAGUAUGUAUGCUAACCAUGUCGUGUAUCUCUGCGCGCAGGUAGUAGACCUGCUCUGUGCGUCAGGAAGAUGGGAGCAACGACAUCGCAAUUUGGCCUGCCCAAUGAGUCCUCAGGAAUACCUCCAACAAUGGACGACUCUGUGGGCAUUUCUCGAGCAAUGGUAUCACAACCGGCCCGAGGAAAUGAAAGCCCUCCUCACCAUCUCUGCAGCUUCUUCAAACAAACCCUUUCCCACACUAUUCUUCGGCAACGGGCCCGGAACCAGCGGCAACCAAAUGUAUCACACCGCCGCCCUUCUCAUGCUCAAAUACAAACCGCCUCGUGUCCAAUUCGCAAAGAAACCGGCUUCGCUACUGUGGCACGCUCGUCAGAUCUGUGCCAUCAGUCUCAGCAACAGCCAUCACGGCUCCUGGACGAAUAGCAUACAACCUCUGUGGCUCGCGGGGCAAAUGAUGAGCCAUCCGACCGAACAUCAGGCUAUUCUAGAUAUUUAUGAGAGAAUCGAACGGGAGCUCGGAUGGGCGACCAAGUGGAGGGCUGAUGAUUUGAAAGAGCACUGGGGAGAUGUGGAUGUGUGAGAACUGUAUUAAAAAGAGUGCUACUACAUAUCGCGCCUGGGACAAUUACAAGGAACAGCUCCGAUAGUAGACGACUGCCGAUUGGAACCAGAAAUUCUAGUUCCGACUGCGAUUCAUUCAUAUUCGCUUCAUCGAUCGAAUCACUGCUUCUUUUGGUGGUGAUCAAUACGGAAGAGCUAUCGUCAGCACUACAAUUUC